AUUUCAUUAUAUUUGUCUUAAUUUAUUCAAUUAAAUUGCAGGUUUACUUUGGAUUUUACAUUAAAUGGUUUGCUUUUUUUCAGAUGUUAUUGGGUUGUUGUCAGUGGUGAUUGAGCAGAAGGAAGUGACAAAAAAUGGUUCUCCCUUGAAUAUGAUUUCAUUUGAACUUGAUGAUUUAAGUGGUAAUAAGCUUCGUUGUACUCUUUGGGAAAAUUUUACUGUUGAGAUGUGUUCAAUUAUUGAUAAAAGCUGCAAUGAAUCUGUUAUUUUCGUCAUUCAAUUUGCAAAGAUGAAAUCAUGGAGAGGUGCGAUGGGGAUUUCCAACACCAUGUUCAAUACUAGGAUCUUUAUAAAUAACUAUGAUAUUCCUGAAGUUUUGGCAUUUAGGGAGAGAUAUCUCUGCAGCAGCUGAUGCAACAUUUUAAUUUCAUUACUGUUCAAGCGUGUCUAAUAUGAUUGAUGUUAAUUAUUUAAGUGUUCGAUGUUAUGAUUGGGAUUUCUCCAGUGUGGCACAUCAUUUUUUCUUUCUUGAUCCAAGGAAGCAAUAUGGAUACUGUUACCUUGUACAUAAAGCAUGCAAAUCACUUUACUUCCUUUGUCUUGCUACAGGCCUUUUUCACAAGAUUGGUAAAUUGUAUUGAAGAAUUAGGAACCCUCUUGAAUUCUUCAAACCCUAGCAUUCUGCAGCUCUCAUGAACUCUCAACUUCCUUUCCUCUUUUACCAUUUGGUGACAAAGAUGGAAAUGGCAAGAUGAACUUAGUUCUCCACUAAGUUGCAAGAUAAUCCAUUUGAAGUGCGAACAACUCUUAGUGGAAUGUAACUUUUCUCAAGUGUUCUUGGCAAUUACAUGCCAAUAGACAUGUAUACACUUC